AUGUCUACACCGAAUAGUGAAUCAAUUCAUUCCAGCUCCAAAAGCAGCGACGAAAAUACAGCCAUGCCCAAUAGCAGGUCUAUUGUAGUCGACCCCAUAGUAGAAAAAAGACUACUUCGAAAACUAGAUUUCCGUCUUAUUACAUUCGCGUUCUUUUCUUAUUUUACUAGCAACCUUGUCCGUAACAACAUGCAACAAGCCUAUACCAAUGGUAUGGACAAGGACGUUCAUAUCAACUCAGAAGCUUACAACUGGUGUGUAACUUUCUUCUUUAUCGGCUAUGUGGUUCCCCAGAUCCCUACAAAUAUGGUUGUUGCGCGACUUUUACCAAGGUACUUUUUACCAACUGCUGAAGUUGUUUGGGGUGUAGUUACUUGUUGUAUUGCUGUGGCCAAGUCAGCUAAUGCUGUUUGGGGCCUUCGUUUCAUUCAAGGUUUAGCUCAGGCGACCUUUGUCCCUUCUAUGGUUUUCAUCAUUGGUACGUGGUACACAAGCUCUGAACUUGCCACUCGAACCGCGUUUUUCAUGGCUGGUAAUCAGAUGUCUGGUGCCAUUGGUGGUAUUCUUGCGGCCGGUAUCAACGACCACUUGAAGGGUGCUUUAGGAAGAGCGAGUUGGCAAUGGCUCUUCAUCAUUGAAGGACUCAUGUCUAUCUUUGUUGGUGUUAUCGGCUAUUGGCUUUUGCCCAAUUAUCCUCAUAACACUGGCUGGAUCAAGGGCGAAGAGAGAGAAUGUGCUUUUGCUCGUCUUGAGGCUCAAGGAAAACAGAUCAAAUCGGAGAAAUACACCCUCGACACCUUCAGAAAUGUAUUAGCGACACCUUAUGCCUAUAUUCUGACGAUUGAUUUUAUUUGCAUCAACAUUGGCAAUCAGUUCAUCCUUAACUUUUCCAUUAUUAUUAGAGACCUUGGCUGGAGCGCCGAUAUGUCCAACUAUCUGCUAGCUCCCAUCUAUGGUUUUGCUGCUUUCACCGUCAUUCUCAUUGGGCAUCUCUCCGAUAAAUACAAAGAACGUGCAUGGAUCAUUAUUAUUGUGCAAAUAUGGGUUUCUGUCUGGUAUCUAAUCUUAUUUGCUGUCAGAGGCGGUGACACUCCUUUUUGGCUCGUCAUGUUGGCAGCUUUUGCUAUUGUUAAUAAUAUUUCUAUGUUCCCAAUCCUUUUCUCUUUUAUGAACGAGAUUUUUGCUUUGGACACCAACACGCGUGCUCUUGCUAUUGGCUGUAUCAACUGUAUCGGCAACUUGAUUCCCAACUUUAUCAGUGUUGGUAUAUGGAAAGUAAGCGAUUCACCGAAAUUCUUCAUAGGAAAAGUUGGUACUUUCGCUCUGUCUGUCGCCUCCAUUAUCAUUACUUUUGCUUGCUGGUGGUGCCUCAAGCAUGAAAUCAACCUUCCUCGCGUCCGUACACCCCCGGAACCCGACUUUAUGGAAGAAGGAUUUCCUGAAGAGAAGAAAUAA